AUGGAAACGAGGCCCGGAGCAAGCUCUAGCAGCGAAAAGGAGGCCUGUGAAAUUUGUCCCCAGGGAUUACUGGUGUUCAGCGGCUCUUCAGAACAGGACAUGAACUUGGCCAAGCAAUUUUGGAUCACAGCGUCAAUGUACCCUCCUAAUGAAUCCCAGUUGGUGCUCUCUGGAGGCAGCACUCAGCGUCUGCCGGUGGCCGGGGUUUCCAAGAGCGGUGCAGCUGAGAAAAAUUACUUGCAAUCUUCUUUCCUUGAGAAAAACAAGGCUACAGUUGACAUAGCUGAAACCCUGAAGAUUGAGGAGAAAGAAAAGUAUCUCCAAAAGGCUAAAAGGAGAGAUGAGAUUCUCCAACUCUUAAGAAAACAAAGAGAAGAGAGGAUCUCGAAAGAACUUGUCUCCCUUCAUCACAAGCCAAAGACCAAAGUACACAAAGCAAAAGUUCUGUGUUUUGGAACUGAUUUAUGUUACUGCCAACAGGAAAGUGAUUCCAGAGUCAAAUAA